AUGAAGACUGCAGUAGUGUCUUUGGCGGCCGUCGCCGGGCUCUGCUACGUGUGCUACAACUACUCUUCGAAGCGGUGUCACGGCGUGAGUUCGCGCCGGAUCAGUGUGGCCGAGCUCCGGUCGCAGCCCACGUGGGUGUCGCUCUGUGGCGUCGUCUUUGACACGGGCCGCCUCGACGGCUUUGUCGGCGCGCACGGCACGUUUGGCGACAUUGGCGGCCAUGACGCGACGCUGGUGUUUUCCGGUUGCCUUUGCACCACUGAAGUUGACAAAGACACGCUCUCAGCUGCCCAAGUAGCUACGCUCUGCUCCUGGCUCGCAACGUUCGGACUGCAGUUUCCAAUUGUUGGGAUCAUGGCCGAUAUGUACCGCGAUGCGAAAUGGACUUCUACCGUGCGCACGGUCCUCGACAAAUCCUCGCCCCAAGGCAGCGACGGCGCGCCCAAGUGCCCACUGGGCUUUGGCGCCAAGCGACCCUUCCCCGUCACGCUGCGCCCGUGCCUCACGACGCAGAACGGACCGUGGAUCAUCUUCAACGGCACACGCUACGACGUCUCGAACGCUGCGCUCUUUGAUGCCUCGUCGCCCUUCCACGUCUACAUUGGCCACGACAUUACGGUCGCGCUGGCGCUCGGGUCGCUGGACCCGAAGGACUUUGACCAGCCACUCACGCCCGACACCAAUCUCACGUACGCGCAGCAAAAGCUCCUCGCGCAGUACCAGAACGCCUUCUCGUCGACGCUCGCCGUCAUUAGCUCGUCGUAA